CACUGGCAGUUUCACCCCCCGUAGCACGCCCAGUAACUCCCCCGCUGUGCGGAGGCGUCUGGUCGCCAACGAAUCCGAGAACAUGGUGGAGAAGGGCUCCGAAGGAUCCAAUGAGAAGGCCCCUGGAACCCUCACCCCAACGUCACCUCCUCCUGGGACCCUGCCCAUCAACCAGGGCAACGCCCAGCUGCCCACCCAGACCAACUCCCAGCCCGGGACACCCCUCCCCCCGCAGCUCAGUGGGAGGGGCUUUAUACGGAACAGCAAGAAGAUGCAGAGCUGGUACAGUAUGUUGAGCCCCACCUACAAGCAGCGAAACGAAGACUUCCGCAAGAUCUUUAAGAAGCUUCCCGAUUCU